AUGACUACCGGAUAUAAAACAACGGAGCAUCUAAGAUUAGGACGAGUUCGACAGCGCCUGAACGCCCGAAAAGUGAGUGAUCAUCUUCUUGCCGACGGGAAACGCAGAGAGAUCGCAUUGAAUAUCGACACAAAAAUGUUGAAGAUUGGAUUUAUAGGAGCCGGUAAGAUGGCUCAGGCUUUGGCCAAAGGUUUCAUUCGAGGUGGGUUGAGCAAAGGUGAAAUGAUGCUGGCCAGUUGUCUCCCCAAUGACGUGGGCAGUAUAGAUGCAUUUAAGGAAAUUGGAUCAAAUACUGUAUUUUCAAAUGCACCUGUUGUUGAUUAUGGGGACGUUUUGAUUUUAGCAGUAAAACCACAAGUUGUUCCGAUGGUCCUUCCGGAUUUAAAAAAUUACAGAAAACUUUUACUUUCCAUUGCUAUGGGUAUUCCAUUAGCGUCGUUAGAAAAGGCUGUGCCAAACGGAACACCGGUAAUCAGAGUAAUGCCCAAUACACCAGCCAUUGUAGGUUGCGGUGCUACGGUAUACGCUCGUGGAAAACAUGCCGGCGAUAAAGAAGCCAAAAUAGCAGAAAAAUUAUUUUCCUCUGUGGGUUUAUGCGAAGAAGUACCUGAAAAUUUAAUUGAUCCCGUUACAGCUUUAGCGGGUUCGGGACCUGCUUAUGUAUAUAUGAUGAUAGAAGCUUUGGCCGAUGGAGGCGUAAAAAUGGGUCUUAUGAGACCAACCGCGUAUAUGCUAGCUGCACAAACAGUUCUUGGUGCUGGUACUAUGGUUCGAGAUACGAAAAUACAUCCAGGACAACUUAAAGAUGAUGUAGCGUCACCAGCAGGAUCUACUAUAACUGCAAUACAUUAUUUAGAACAACAUGGAUUGAGAUCAGCUGUAAUUGGAGCAGUUGAAGCAGCAACGAAGAGAUGUAAAGAAGUUAGUUCACUUUUAGAGAAAAAUUAGAUUGAUUGAACGGUAAAGAAAUAGAUGUAGUUGAUGAAGAAACUAAGAAACAAGGAAAGUAUUCUAGUAAUCCUUAAUGUCAUAGAAAAGAAAGUAAAUCAUAGUAAUGACGCUUUGCAUCUAGUAAGUACAUUUUCAUUUGUACUUUCAUCGACAUCGCGUUUUAUAAGAAAUAUGUAACGUAAUUUUUAAAAGAUACUUUGUAUAUAUUGUACAUAAUUCUUUUAAAUUGGUAAAUGUUAAAAUUAUUGUUGUAUAUUUAAAGCCACGCGCUUGAAAGUAAUAGAUCUGUUAUUUUUUCAUAGUAGCAUAUUUUGUAAUUGAAGUGUAUAAAGUGUACAUAAAUAUGUCUUGUAUUUAA